UCUGCAACAUUGAACAAAAAUCCAACUUUGAAAAUUCUUGAUUUUGGCUAGUUUGUUCUUCAAGAUUUUGGUUAGGCAGCCUUUUGAUAAUGCAAAUGGUUUUGACUUUUCAAUUUUAUCCAAAUUUUGUUUCAAGUUUUUUUUUUUUCAUUAACACAUCUAUUUUUCUUGAGAAAAAAUGGUGUCUUGAAAGGAUAGCCAUUUGAGAGUUAUGGCCAAACUUGUAAUGAAAAAAUUUUGACUGGUCAUAUCUGAGAUUCUUCUUUUGAAACUCUGAGCUUAGGUCUUUAGCUGAGAGUAUAACAGAGUACACACCAAAAAGGUUCCUUUUUAUGGAAAUGGGAUCUGCUUUUUUACAUUUUAUCAUCCCUUAAGUUAAUAAAUAGACAAUAAUAACUAAAAAUAAUAAUGAUAUUAAUAAUUGCAUACUCCAUGUUUCAUACAUGAUUCCCUUCUUUACAACCAUGGGGGAAAUCAUGAUGUAUCAGGUUCAGAUGUUGUCUCUUGUGCACAAAUUGUCUUUAAACAAUUCAAGUAAAAACUUGUUGAGUAUCAUGUUUUGUCUGUCCCUUUUCUUGAUACUAUAGCCAAGUACAUAUGAGAAGAUAUGAUGAUGAGUUCUCAAACUAAUAAAAAAUAGUUUAACUUAUAUAUAUAUAUAUAGAGGUAACAUAAAGAAAUGUUUAUUCUAUCAGGUCAUAUAAAACAUAUCACAUAUAAUUUUUCAUAAUUUUUACACUAUCACGUCAUGUAAAACAUAUCCACACAUAUAAAAUAAGGGCAGACCGGUACACAAAGUAUCUUGCGUUCACGCAGAGUCAGGGGAAGAGCCGUACCCAAGGGGUGUGACGUAGGUAGCCUACCCUAACUCAUGCAUUAGUAGCUAAUUCCACGGCUCGAACGUGACUUAUAGGUCACACAUAGACAACUUUACCGGUGUUUCAAAGCUCCCCUUCAAUAUCCACAUAUAACAUUUCAUAAAAAGUAAAAAUUAUAAUCUUGAAAAUAACGUAGAUUACUUGCUACAACUUGUAAAAAUAAUCUGAUCGUGUAAAAUCUCUUUAUACUGUCGGUGUAUAUAAGUUAAUAUAAACUCAUAAAAAAUCAUCAAAGUUGUCUCUCUCUCUUCUUUUUUUCUUUCCUCAUAUGUGUUAUGUUUUUUUGGUCCUUUUGUUUAUAGGAUCUACUAUUGCAGAACAAUCUUUGAACUGAAAGAGGAGAAAAUGGAGGGGGAUACAUUUUCUGGAUUAGGCAAUGGUACACAAAUAGAUGGCAAAGUUGUGCAAACAUUUCAGAAGAGUUUUGUACAAGUUCAGAAUAUACUAGAUCAGAAUAGGCUAUUAAUCAAUGAGAUUAAUCAGAAUCAAGAGUCAAAAAUCCCUGAUAAUUUGAGCAGAAAUGUUGGAUUAAUCAGAGAGCUCAACAAUAAUAUUAGAAGGGUAGUUGACCUCUAUGCUGAUCUUUCAACUUCUUUCACUAAAUCUGUUGAUAAUUCAUCUGAAGGGGAUUCAAGUGGACACAAGAGGAGCAGGCCUAUUUAGAAGUCGUGGAUUUCUCGAUUAUUAUGUAAAAAAUUUAUGUGUACUCUUUUAGUACAUCAACCUUGUAUUCAAGAAUCUCCCACAAAAAUAAUGAACCCCCCUCAAAUAUGUUACAUUGUUCAUGUGUAACCGCAGAUCUAAUUGAAGCAAAAUUGCAUGCAUUUUCUAA